GCACGCAAGUUAGCUGCUUCAGCUAAAGAGGUUGUCAUCAUUACACGUAGAUCUAACAUGACUCGUUUGUUUGCAGGUAUUUGCUGCAUGGUUUGAGCAUAACGAACAUAAUUCUGAUCGAUAAAUAGGAGUUUUGCUUCGUCGUUCUGUUGUAUUUUUUUUCGAGUGACUACUUUUAUUUGGAGAGAAAAUCUAUGCAGAGGUUGGUCAACAUGCCUAUUGUCUGUUUUUAGCUAGUCGAGUUAGCGAGUGUUAUUCAGAGCUGAGGAUGGACAGAGACACAUUAACUCUUUCUGGUCGUCCUGAUAACGGAAACCUUUAAUUCUGUGUUACUGGUAACGGGUUGAAGUUUAGGACAGGGACGAUAGUUGUUAAUUGUUAUCUAGUCCUUAACUAGCAGGUCAUCAAUUCUCCAGAGGAGGAAGCGGUCGUUGACCAUAUCGGUGGUCACCGCCGCUGUCACCACUCCUACAUCCCAGCACAAACAUAACGUGUCAGUUGUUUUUAGUGAAAAUGCUAUGCCUUUGAUUUUUUCUUUAACGCAUUUUAUGCUUGGGCGGAUUUUGGGUAGUUUGCCAACUUGAAACAGAAUUAAUGUGUCUAUUCAAAGAAGCAAAACACUGAUUUUUCUAGCUAAUGCUACUGAGUUAGCAGGGUUUCUCUGUGUCACGGAGGGUUUCUAAAAAGCAUUUGAAGCAUAGAAUACACUUCUAUUUAAGAUCUUUAUUUAACGAGCCUGUUACUGAUCUUCACAUUCUGCUGAGGUAUCCUUGAGCAGGGCAAUAGGUGUCCUUUUAGUUGGAGUCACUGAAAGAUAAAUGUUACAAAAAAUUGUUAUCCUGGGAGAAAGCUUAACACACAUCUCUAUCUAUCUAUCUAUCUAUCUAUCUAUCUAUCUAUCUAUCUAUCUAUCUAUCUAUCUAUCUAUCUAUCUAUCUAUCAUCUGUCUAUCUAUCUAUCUAUCUAUCUAUCUAUCUAUCUAUCUAUCUAUCUAUCUAUCUAUCUAUCUAUCAAUCAUACAUAAUAAGCAUUAAAUAUAUGCUAGGAACCAUUACUGUGCUAGAGUUUGUAAACCUUAUUAUUUACAAUUGAGAUGAGACUGAUGCAAAUAUUAAUAUAAAAAUGUGUUUGCUAGAAAGUCUGAUCUUACAUUUUUGAAGGAGUAAGAAAACUGAAAAUCAGGACCAGUGAAUAAAAGUUGGUACCCAAAUAUCCUCCAAGAGGAACUCCAAACCAUUCAAGAACAAUUUUCCAGUAUGAGGAACACUAGGGGUGUUAUUCACUACUUUGAUCAUGAUACAAUGCUAUAUUGAUACAGUGGGUUAUGGUUCAAUGUUUGCCGAUAUCUCAGAUUCAGUUGCAAUACUGUUUUGAUUUGAUUCGAUUUAGGAUCCACCAAUUUAUUUGAAAUGCUAUUGCAAGUGACUGAACACAGUCAUUGCCUUGAUUUUUUUAAAUCUUGAAAUGAGAGACAAAUUCUUCACUGGCUGCUCUCUUACUUCUCACCAUGAUGCCACUAGUUUCUUCAUUUAUUAAGUGUAACUUCAAAAUAAAAUAAUUUUUAAAAUUAAAGUGUGUUUGAUAAGUAGUUAUUCUAUCGAUUUUUGCAUUUAUAUCGAUGUAUCAAUAUAGAUCAAUGUAUUGUUGCCAUCCUAGGGAGCACCAUAAGGUUAGAGUAGUAACGAAGUGACUGGAGGAACGAAGCAUGGAAAUUCUGGGGGCCAUCUCCAGGUUUCCAGCCCUCGAGAGGCAGGUGGUCAAGUAAAACAUUCUAAUUGAUUGUGAGCAUGUCAUUGUGAAAUGCAGAAGAAUCUGCUUAAAUCUAACUUAAUGGUCAAUACAAGUUUUUGAAACGUGUGUGUGUGUGUGUGUGUGUGUGUGUGUGUGUGUGUGUGUGUGUGUGUGUGUGUGUGUGUGUGUGUGUGUGUGUGUGUGUGUGUGUGUGUGUGUGUGUGUGUGUCUGCUCUGUCUUCUCCAAUCCCCAGUGAGUCGUGGAGGAUGGCUGCUUAUACUGAGCCAGGAUUCUCUGGAGGUUUCUUCCUGUUAAAAGGGAGUUUUCCUCUCCACUGUCGCUUUAUGCUUGCUUAGUAUGAGGAUUGCUGUAAAGUCACUGACACUAGUCAGUGACUUGAUGCAAUUUGCUGGGUUCCUUGUAUAGGAAACAUUAUUUCUGAUUGGCUUAAUGAACUGACCUGAAUUGGAAAUUCUGUUUAUGUGAAAUGCCUUGAGACUACUCUUGUCGUGAUUUGGCGCUAUAUAAAUAAACUUGAAUUGAAUUGAAACCUGAAAUGUUUUCUGGUUAUACAUCAGUAUACCACAGAACUAUUGACAAAAUACUAUAAAAGAUUGAAGCAGACUACUUUGUGAAAUCCAGUACUUGUCAUUCUCUUUACUUUUAGCCACAGCUGUAGAGUUGUUAAUUGCCAGUGGUUGGUAAAGUGGGAUCUUGUUGAGCUCACUUCAGCAAUGUCCCCCAUGUAGAACAGACAUAGACUCUUAUCUAGUCAUCCAUAAAGACCAAGUUUACUGAGAAACCUUUUUUUUUUUUGGUUGAUAUUUUUUAAAUCUGACUGGUCAGUCUGAGUUUAACAUGCAGGCUGAAUUAGGGCUGGGCAAUAAAUUGAAAAUUUAUUGUGAUAGACAUUUCUGACUAAUCGAUUUGUGAUAAUAAAUGUGUUAAUAAAAAAUGAAAACGUGUGUAGGGCGGCUGCGUUCAUGUCCCUUUAAGAAGCUGUACCACCUCCAGUCAUGUAAAAAUGUGACUCAAUACAUGUGACAGCCCCAUCUAGUGGACAACUUUUGUUUCUGCGCACACCCGUAGUUACCGUCAAUUUAUUGUUAUUGAGGUGAAAUCCUCAAUAUAUUGUGAUAUUUAUUUUAGGCCACAUCGCCCAGCCCUAGACUGAAUGUAAAAUAGUCUUCUACACCUAUUUCCUGCAUUAGCUGCUGAUAGAAAAGCCAGACAAUUGCACGUCACAUUGAAAAUUAGCAUUCAUUGAGCUCCCCCAUCUUGGCUCAUGGUAGGGGAAGGCUGUUGUUGAUUAGGUGUCCAGGAGAGAGCAGAGCAUGUCUCAGCUAGUUGAAGGUAACUGUUAGCAUUAGCAACCCCACAACACAUCCGAACUCCUUUAGGCUUGUCUUAAUUUUUCCAAGAUAAGUUGGCUGGAAUUGACGCAAUGAACUCCAAGCUGUGAGGCUUUAGAAGACCCCAAGAUUCCACAUUUAAAGAUGGCUGCGCCCAGUGCUACCAGGAAGUAGUUAUCGUCUUUAUUUUUUUCUCAUUUAUAUGUUCUGUUUUCUUUCUCUUCAACAUUGCCUCCAAAAUUGACCGGUGUUUAUGGUUUUUACUUUUCCUAGCAUUUAUAGUUUCACAUUUUAUUUGUAAUGUUUUUCUGGUUGUAUGUGGCAAAGGGUGUGUGUGUCACUAUUAUUUAGAUGAGGAGAAUACUUGAUUAUAUAAUUCUUUUGGUUUAGUACUCAACAACACUGGUGGCUUCCGUUUGUUCCAAGUUGGAAGCUGGAAUGCAAAAUGAGCCCGUUAUGUCAUUUCCUGCUCAGAAAUUCCGAGCUCCGAGGACAACUGGGACGCACGAUUAGCAAAGGAAACUGGGUCACUGCUGGUCAUGUUGUUGUUAGCCAAUCAGAGAUUGAGCAUUUGAAAGAUGGGCUCUGAGAACCCAGAUGACUUUGAACCAGCUGUGGUUCUUGUUGAUGAAGAUCAGCAAGAAAUAGGAGGCCUAAUCAAUUCUGAUGGUGAAGAAGUAGAUUUCUUCGAUCCCAGUGGGAAUGCCGUCUCUGGUGUCAUUCCUGCUGAAGCUCCCUCAAAGACAUGUAAUGAAAUUGAGAACGAAAAAACGCCAGCUCUUCACAGCUGCUCCGUGUGUGGCAAAGACUUCCCUUACGCCUCUAAACUUCAGCGUCAUCUCCGAACUCAUUCAGGAGAGAGACCUUUUCCCUGCUCUGUGUGCGAAAAGAGAUUUCCAGAAAAGGGGCUUCUCAUGAUUCACCAACGGAUUCACACGGGGGAAAAGCCAUUUGCGUGCACUUUCUGUGAGAAGAGGUUUGCCAGUCAAGGGGAGCUGCGGCUACACCGGCGGACACACACUGGUGAGAGGCCCUAUCACUGCUCCAUCUGUCUUAAGAGCUUUUCUCGGCACUGGCACCUGAAAACGCACCUAGAGGCCAUGCACUCCGAGAUUGUUGCGGGCUUCACGAGGAAGAAGUUUCCAUGCUCGGAUUGUGAUAAGAGCUGCAACUCCGCGGCCGAGCUGAGGGAUCAUCAGAGGACUCACACUGGCGAGAGGCCCUUCCAGUGUUCAUUCUGUGACAAACGCUUUGCCUUGUCAGGAACACUUGUGAGACACGAGCGUCUCCAUACCGGCAUCACACCUUACCACUGCGCCGACUGUGGCAAGACAUUUGCACAGCAGUGGACGUUGACCACACACAUGCGAACUCACAGGGGGGAGAAACCGUACAGCUGCACGCAGUGUGACAAGUCUUUUGUUGCUCCAGGGGAGCUUCGGAGGCACACCAGGAUACACACCGGAGAGAAGCCGUACACCUGCACCGACUGUGGAAGGCACUUUUCAUUAGCAGGAACUCUAAGAAAUCACAAGCGUUCGUGCACGCAGAGCAAGGACGAAGUUGUUACUAGUGCUGUCUUAGACGAAGCUCAAGCUUCAGGCGAUGAGUUGUCCCAGCAAAAACCGGACAGCAACUUCGGCUGCAAGGUGGCUGACAGUCAGACCCUGCCUACUGAAGCUGAGCUCCCAUCCUCACACAGUCUGAACAGUGUCAACGCCGUUCAGAGAGACCCAGUCCCCCGUUUGGAGGACGUUGCUUCCACACCCCAUGUGAACUUAGUGGUAAAAGAGGAGGAAGACGAGGACCUUUUGUGUGAAGACGAAAGUCCAGACCAAACAUCUGCAGAUGAAGACUGUUCCUCUCAGGAGGAAACUGAAGAGCAGGACCAGGAAAGCAGCGCAGACAUUCAUAUUACUGUAAAGGAAGAGGAGGAGGAAUCUGUAAAUGUGUCAGGAGAAGAUCCCGAUUCUUUUUCAGGGAGCGAGAAAGACACUCGAGUGUCACCAGUACUGAAGCAGCGUAGCAAAAAGAGUACGUACUGCUGCGGGCUCUGUGGAAGAGACUGCCACAAGAUGUCAGCCCUUCAGAUCCACAUGCGAAUCCACUCGGGCGAGAAACCCUUCCAGUGCACGCUGUGUGGGAAACAGUUCACGCAGAAAGGUCAGCUCAAAGGUCAUUACAAAGUCCACACAGGUGAAAAGCCGUUCUCCUGCCCGGAGUGCGGCAAGAGCUUCGCCCACUCGGGUGCCAUGAACAGACACAGGCUCACACACACGGGGGAGAGGCCUUAUCAGUGCUCCGUGUGCGACCGGAGCUUCAACCAGUCCGGCCGCCUGAGGGAGCAUGAGAAAAUUCAUUUAGGGGAGAAGUUCAGCUGUCCUGAGUGCAACAAAAGCUUCACGCGUUCCUCAAGCCUCAAGAAUCAUUUCAGACUUCACACUGGUGAGAGGCCGUAUGGCUGCGACAUCUGCGGCAGGGGAUUCAGUCGCUCGCAGAGCCUGAGGCUCCACAGACGAAAGCACAAACAGCCCCAGGCUUCGGUCCCGGUGAAGAAUGACGACUUCUCCCUGAGCGACGACGACUCUCCUAUUAAUAUGUGCAUUACAGACAAAAAUAAUAGCGAGUAGUGAUACUGUCAGGUAAAACAGAAACUUCUAUGAACAGAUUGUUAAACUUGUAUUUGGAGCUUUACUUGAAAAGUAUUAAAACAUCCUGAAAUCUUCAGUCAAAUAGCGCCAGGUAACAUCCUGCAACUAACCGUGAAGUACUUGAUUAUAUAAAUAAUCACAGCCUAUAAUCUCUUAUUAACUAUAAGGGCUGUGAGGUAAUACGUGCUCUAAUCAGCCAUUCCCAUGUUAGGUACAUGUGACUAUUGCACUCGAAUUUAGAGUAUUGCUGUACGGAAAAAGGUCUGUGAUUUCACUUUGUCAAUGCAGUAUUUGUUAUUAAAUUGUGUAUGUGGGCCCGAUAAAUAAUAUUGUAACCAGAAACUUAAUAAAUCUGUCUUAAAAUUGAUGAGUCAGCAGCAUCAUUUGGGCUGCUGGAAUAAUAAAAGCAUGUUUCAUUCGGCCUGAAUGGGUUUAGCAGCUUAACAAGGAGGAGGUGCAGGAAUCGUCAUGUGAGAAAAUUAAGAGUGUCUGUGUCAAAUACUACAGUUACGCCUAGAAAUCAUUUAAAACCAUGUGGAUGGAAAACAUUGUUCAGUGUGCCACUGUACCUGUGUGUGUUCUGAAUAAUAAAAGUAUUUAACAGUG